CGUGGACGUAACUGUCGAUAUUUUGAUCCUUAGUUGCAACGGUUUCAGAAAGAAAGAAAGAAAGAAGAAAAUGGAGGAUUGCUUCUCUUGUUGUGAGAGAUGGGGAGAGACGAUUUCGGAGAAAGUACUUUCACUUUACAACACUCUCCCAAAGAAAGGCAAGCCUCAGGGUCGCGAAGUCACUGUAUUGGCUGCGUUUCUUGUUUCUUCUCCUUCACCACAAGAUUUGGAAGUUGUGGCGUUAGGGACGGGGACAAAGUGUCUCGGUCGCUCGCAGUUAAGCUCAAAUGGUGACAUUGUGAAUGAUUCACACGCUGAAACAAUUGCUCGGAGAUCCUUGAUGAGGCUCUUCUAUACACAGAUUCUCCAUUUGUCCCACAAUCGUGAUAGCGAACAUCACAAAACGAAAAAGAUGCGGUGCAACAAUGUAAACAAUCUUUUGUUUCAAUUAGAUGAGGAGGCUGGAGCUGAAAGAAAAUAUGUCAUGAGAAAGGGCUGGAAAUUGCAUUUAUACAUAUCUCAGCUACCAUGUGGGGAUGCUUCAUCAUCAACUACCAGCGAUUUCGAACCUAGGACAGAUAAUGCGCCACCAUGUUUGUUUGAUAAAGGGGAUGAUUCACAAUGCAUAGGCUUGGUUCAGAGGAAGCCUGGUCGUGGAGAUACAACAUUGUCAGUUAGCUGUUCUGACAAGAUAGCUAGAUGGAAUGUAGCUGGAGUUCAAGGAGCUCUUCUCUCUUACUUUCUUCAGCCGGUUUAUCUUUCCUCUAUAACAGUUGGAUUAUCCCCUCAUAGUGCCAAAAAUUGUAUGCUAGAGGAACAAUUGAAAAGAGCAGUAUGUGAUCGAGUACAAUCAUUUUCAACUGAGCUAAUGACUCCCUUAAAGGUUAAUCAGCCACUAUUUUGUGCAGCUCCAAUUCCACCGAAGGAGUUUCAACACUCAGAGUCUGCUUUAAACACUAUAACUUGCGGGUAUUCUAUCUGCUGGAAUAAAUCUGGCUUGCAUGAGGUCAUCCUUGGAACUACUGGAAGAAAGCAAGGAGCCUCUGCUAAAGGGGCACAGUAUCCAUCUACCGAAUCAUCCUUAUGCAAGAAGCGAUUACUGCAAAUGUUCUGGUCACUUAAAAGUGAAUCUGCUACUAAAUUUCCUUCGAGCGACAUCUCUUAUAGAACACUGAAGGUCUGGUGUUGUCAAUUGAAGCAUCAAUCAACUUAAAAUAUGGAGGAUUUUCCAAACUACAUAGUGCAACGUGCAUCCGUAUAUCUCAUAUCGAUUUUCUCCCUGAGAGACUAUUGUUUUGUUGCCAACUUUAAGAGGUUAAUACAGUAUUCUAAGAUGAAGUAAACUAAAACAAUAUAGGGGAAUGAGGGGCCAACCAUUGCUCAUAGAAUUAGAUAGUGUCUUAAGAAAUUAUUAAACACUUGCAAUGGCAUAGCAGGUUCUCACUUUCCUCAUCGUAACUUUGUCACUCCAAAAAGUAAUUAGUCCAUUGUUCUGAAUUACAAAAUACUUGAAAUUGUAGUAAAUUGCUUGCAUUUUCCACUAUAUGUUGUACACAUCUCGUGUGAUAAUGCUGCCACCUUGAUGUUUUAAUCUA